AUGAAACGAAGAGUUACGUAUAUCACUGCGGCAGAUGCAGAGUUUGACCCGUCAAAACAAGCAAUUCUGGGCAAAGACACCUUAUCGAUCCGAGGUCUAGACGCUGCCAAAGAAGACCGCUUUACUUUUGCUUCAACAGAGCUUCCGUCGGAUCUUUUAGAUAGUUUACAUAAUACCAUCGAACUUCAUAUACGCUGGAGCACCGAACGAAAUUACGACUCUGUGGCGCCGUUUCUGGCUCGCACAUCUCCGGGAUUACAUGUUUACUAUGUAUCGUCGGAUAAGGGAACAUCAGAGGAUAUAGAUCGAAUAUGUCCCCUCAUUCAGAAACAUUUCGGAGACGAUCUUAAAUGUGUAUCACAAAAGGAAUCAUUCUCACAAUCGCCGAACCUGACCUCAUCGAUAUCUUCUCAGCCAACUCAAUUCCAUCAUAACCUGCCCUCGAUCGACCACUUCGUCGCAUUCCUUCAACACAAUGCUUGCGACUUGACGGAUAUCCAGUGUGCCGAUAGUAUAUCAUACGUCUCUUCGGCGGAUUCGGUCGCCAUUGACUACGAUGCUACAGCUGAUACAAUUACUCUGUCUAUAUUCUGGUCUCAGCCACAUUCUAAAACGGCAUGGGCAGAAGACAUAGGUGUAAUCGGACCGAGUGGAAAGGUAGAAGUCGGUAUACUUUCAAACGAAAAAGCUAUAGAUCCUGAGGAUCUUACGCUUGGGGGAUAUUUGGCAGUGGUGGGCCAAGAUAGCAAGUUGAAACCGACGUUAUUCUCCUUUCCAUCACGUCAUCAUGUCCUUCCAGACCAUGCGAAAUAUGUGUCGGCAUUUGAGACGCUGACUGGAUUGCAUCCUACCAUGAAGAUUUCAAUAUCGCCGUCCGCCUUGACUCAGCCAUCAGCUCCAGAGGACACGACUUGCACUCUUCACACCUAUCUUACGCUUCCUUCGACGAUAUUCGCCGACAAAUAUCAAUUGUCUACCAAAGAUCACUUGUUCCUGAAUUCACAUAAUCUCAAAGGAUUGCGAGCUGUUUCAGGCGAGACUGAUCUAGAGGCACCUGACUGGGUUCUUCCAGUUUGGGGAUCAAAUCUGCUCAUUGAAAUUGCCACACCUACGGAUAACCAGGCUAUAGAUGGCAACAGUUGGGAUGUCACUAUUCCACUGCAUCUACGGUACUUGAAGCCUACUGAAAGCGGACAUCGGUCGACUUCCAUCCCCUGGCCGAUUGUAUUCUGGGCCUGCAGUGCAGAAGAUUCGGAUAUGGGCAUUAAUCCAUUUGACCGAGUUGACAUUGGCUACGAUAGUCUGUUCCCUCCCAAGACGUAUUUUUACCACCUCCAUCCGGAGAGCCAGGGAGCGCUCAUGCAAGAGAUACAGGUCCCAGUGCUGCGGGCAGCUACUGAGGGCGGACGAUUGUUUGGAGAUGCGACAUCUCAAGUAGAGUUUGGAACAGUGGCUGCUAUCUUGAUAGGGUUCGCAUGGCAACCGCGCUUAUGCGUGUAUUCGUCUCCACUUUCACUUCUCAGGACUACAUUUCGGAUCACCUCUGGAAAGCUCGUAUCAAUUGAUCACCAGUCGUCUCGCCGUCUAAUAUCGCCUAUCAUCUACCAAAUCAUGUUCGCUCAACUCCUUCGUUCGACGACUCGCCGAGCCACUACGGUCACCUCGGUGAAGGCAAGCCUUCCUCAGGUGCGGUCUUUGGCCACCGUAGACCGCCGACGCUUUGAGCCGGCCACCUUUACGAUCCGAAAUGGUCCUGUCUUCCAUGGCAAGUCCUUUGGAGCUAACACAAACAUCUCUGGUGAAGCCGUUUUCACCACUUCCUUGGUCGGAUACCCCGAGUCUCUGACUGAUCCUUCUUACCGCGGCCAAAUCUUGGUCUUCACACAGCCUUUGAUUGGUAACUAUGGUGUGCCAUCUGCUGAGAAAGACACCAAUGGCUUGUUGAAGUACUUCGAGUCCCCCAACUUGCAGGCUGCAGGUGUUGUUGUUGCCGAUGUUGCUGAGCAGUACAGCCACUGGACUGCUGUUGAGAGCUUGGGAGAAUGGUGUGCUCGUGAGGGCGUUCCUGCCAUCUCAGGAGUUGACACCCGUGCUAUCGUGACUUUCUUGCGUGAGCAAGGUUCUUCUCUUGCCCGUAUCACCGUUGGUGAAGAGUACGAUGCAGACGAGGACGAAGCCUAUAUCGACCCUGAACAGAUUAACUUAGUCCGUCAGGUCAGCACCAAGGCUCCUUUCCACAUCAGUGCUGCCAACCCUGAGUGUCACGUUGCUCUCAUCGACUGCGGUGUCAAGGAGAACAUUCUCCGCAGUCUUGUGGGCCGUGGUGCCAGUGUCACUGUCUUCCCAUUUGACUACCCCAUCCACAAGGUGGCUCACCACUUUGACGGUGUUUUCAUCUCCAACGGACCCGGUGACCCAACUCACUGCCAAGAGACUGUCCACUAUCUGCGAAAGCUGAUGGAGACUUCUCAAAUCCCUAUUAUGGGAAUUUGCAUGGGACAUCAAUUGCUUGCUCUCGCUGCCGGUGCCCGUACUGUCAAGCUCAAGUAUGGUAACCGUGCUCACAACAUUCCCGCUCUCGACCUUACCACUGGUCGCUGCCACAUCACCAGUCAGAACCACGGCUAUGCCGUAGAUGCAGAUACUUUGCCUGACGACUGGAAGCCUUACUUUGUCAACCUCAACGAUGCUAGCAACGAGGGUAUGAUCCACAAAUCUCGCCCAAUUUUCAGCGCCCAGUUCCACCCCGAAGCCAAGGGUGGCCCAUUGGACUCUUCGUAUCUGUUCGACAUCUAUAUCGACAGUGUGAACAAAUACAAGCAGAGCCAGAGCGUCUUCCAACCCACUCGUGAAAGCCGCCCCAGCCCCUUGUUGGUUGAUCUAUUGCCCAAUGAACGUGUUGGUGUUGCACCUACCACGGGUGCGUUGAAUGUCGCUCGCGCUGCGGUUGCACCUGUUUCUCAACAGGGCCCCGCUGCUGCUGUUGCUGCUGCUUAG